UUUGAUCAACUGAAAGCGUUUUUUGCAGCCAAACCAUUUUCCCUUCGAGCUUCUCCGAGUAAUCACGUCCGUUGUUUGGGUCGUUCGCAGAUAACCUUCUUCAUGCUGCUCUCUGCGGUGUGUGUGAUGCUGACCUUGGCUGGUUCCAUCCUUUCCUGUCAGAAUGCUCAGCUAGUGAACUCUCUGGAAGGCUGCCAGCUGAUCAAGUUCGACGGGGUGGAGGUGUGCGUCUGCUGCGAAGCACAGCACCGGUCACCCGGCUGCAGCAACCUGGGGGACACGCUGAAGCUGAACCCUCUGCGGGAGGACUGCGACGCCGUGCGGCUGGCCCUGAAGGACCUGCUCUUCAGCGUGUGCGCCCUCAACGUGCUGUCCACCAUCGUGUGUGCCUUGGCCACGGCCAUGUGCUGCAUGCAGAUGGUCUCCGCCGACGUCCUGCUCAUGCUCCUCCCGCAGACGGCGCGGCCGGCCAGCCCGGCCUGCGGGACCCCGCACGGCACCGCCCCCCACCCGGCCCUGGACCUGGACGAGUUCGUGCCGCCCCUGCCCCCGCCACCCUACUACCCGCCCGAGUACACCUGCACGCCCACGGCCGACGCCCACAGGGACCUGCACCUGGACUUUGGUCCCGGCCCGUUCAGCGCGCUGUAUGACGUGGCCAUCAACAGCCCGGGCCUGCCCUACCCGGCCGAGCUGCCGCCGCCCUACGAGGCCGUGGUCGGCCCGGCCCCAGCCAGCCAGCUUACGAGCGCCGGUCAGCAGGUGGCCGAGCCUGGCUCCUGUGACCCAGAUGCCACCGCGGGCUUCAGCGUGCAAGUGGCAGCCGACAGCUCGAGCCUCCCAGCCCCUGAGGGAGCCGCCGCGCCGGGCCCAAGCCAGCAGACACCCGAUGGCCCCCCGGGCGUCCCGCCGCCAGCCUCAGCCCUCCGCCUCGCCUCCCCCGCGGGCCCCAGCCAGGGCGCGUGGGCAUGGCUGGGUGCUGGGCGCAUGGCCCGCUCUGCCAGCGACCCCACGUCGAGCACGCCCAAGACGGCAGGUGACAGCUCUUCCCAGCCCCCCGCCCGCGGCCGGGACCUCGAAGCAGGCCUGUCUCGGGCUGCCCCGGGAACAGCCUCGCGGUCUCUGUCUGUCACGGCCACCUGCGCCCGGCGGCAGCGAUCGCCCCCCGGGGACCUGCAGCCCUGGAAAACCGGCCAGUGCCCGGGGCCGGAGGCGCCCAAGGAGCGGCCGCCCCGCUUCGCGGACAGCAGGGCCCACGCGGGCACCGGGGGCUCGGUGCCUAAGUUUCUAGAACACUCGAGCUGUGCCCUGGCCGCCGAGGCGCGGCAGGGCGUGGGCCCCGCUGUAAACCGCUGCUUUUCGUGGGUGCCCAGAGCAGGCGGGCUCAGCCGGCUCUGGGUGGCCGCUGGGGCACCGCCGGCUUCCUCGGGCCCCAGCCCCUCAUGUUUCGGCGCCAUCAGCGGCAGCUACUUGCCAACGAUGGCCGUGGAGCAGCCGUCUCCUCGAGGGCUUUGUCACCGGGGGGACGCCUGUGCCUGCGCCCUCUACAACAGCAGCCCCGGCCCCGGGACUGUCACUGGCUAG